AUGAAAACUUACUAUACUACAGCGUAUAGGGACCAGGGCCGGUGGGAGGAGGCGGAGCGGCUCGAGGUGCAAGUCAUGGAGACUCGCAAGACGAAGCUCAGUGUGGACCAUCUCGACACGCUGACGAGCAUGGCCAACCUUGCUUUCACCUGGAAGUCUUCAGGUCAUAACACCCAAGCCUUUGAUUUACUGCGUGAUUGUCUAUCCAAGCAGAAGCAAAUACUGGGGCUCAAUCAUCACCACGCCUUAUCUAAUUCCAGAACCUUGAUGGAGUGGGAAAUAAAGAUGUUGAAUAUUGAUACGUAG